AAAAAAAAAAAAAUACAAAUCUUUUAUCAUCUCUAUCUCUUUAUCGUUCGCUCUCUUUACCGACACCUCUCUGUCUCUUUAGUUUGCGAUCUUUAUCUCUAUCAAUAAUAGCGAACCCAUCAAACUCAUGUUUGAUUGAUCAACAAUCCUCUCAACUCGCUAUGCAAUCCGAAUACGAGAUUAGGACUCUGAACCAAGAAGCUCAGACUCGUUGGUUGAAACCUCCUGAGGUGUACUUCAUUUUGAAGAAUCACGAGAGAUAUGAGUUGACUCACAAGGCUCCUCACAAGCCCACUAGUGGAUCAUUGUGUCUAUUCAAUAAAAGGGUUCUUAAAUUCUUCCGUAAAGAUGGUCAUCACUGGAGGAAAAAGAGGGAUGGUCGAGCUAUUGCUGAAGCUCACGAACGCCUUAAGGUGGGUAAUGUUGAGGCUUUGAAUUGUUAUUAUGCACAUGGAGAGCAUGACCCUUCUUUUCAGAGGCGUAUCUUCUGGAUGCUUGAUCUGGAAUACGACCAUAUAGUCCUUGUUCAUUACAGGGACGUGAGUGAUAAAAAAGAGGGAAAGCAAAGUAGUGGAACCGUUUUGCAGUUUUCACUGAAUCCUUCCGCUCUCUUUUCAUCUCCAAGCUACAGUCACCACAUUGGUGAUUCUUCUACUGACGUACAACAGCAGCAUUCAGAGGAGGGGAGUGGAAGUUCUUAUGAGGCUAUUAAGAGGCUUGAGGAACAACUUAGUCUUGGUGAUGAUAAUAAUGUAGUUCAAAACGAAAGUUUGGAUGGGCUCCAGUUUCUGGACUUUAGUACGGAUGUUGACCACCUUGUUCCACCACCAGCAACUGUACAUCAGAGACCAGAGAGUAGCAGCAAACUAGGGAGAUGUUACGGUGGGUAUGUUGGAUCCCAAUACAAUAAUGUUACUACUGUAGGUCCACCACUCUACAGUCAAAAUGAAAGUUUGGAUAGCCUCCUAUCUUUAGAGUACAUUAAGGAUAUGAAUCAGCUUGCUCAACCAGCAGCUGGACAACAGAGACCGGAGAGUAACAGACUUGAUAGGUCUUUCGGAGGGUAUAUUGGAACCGAAUAUCAUCCCAACAAUCUCAUGCUUCUAAAUAAUGGUUCAGGUGGUAGUGGAGGGAGUGGCGAUCAAAAGACUGGAUCUUGGAAAGAUGUGCUGGAGGCAUGUGGGGCUUCUAUAGCUCUUAACUCUCAGGGAAGCACACCAAGUCAGGCGAAUGGUUUGCUACCUGUAAUAACGCAGGAAGAUUCUAACUGGGAUUAUGGCAACCAGGCUGACCAAGGUACAUUGUUGUUGCCUCAAGAACUUGAUUCUUCUUUGCAACUUCCUCCUUGUUAUUCUGAGCUGGUAGCUCCUGAGAAUAACGGCGACCACAGUAGAUUAAUGGUUGAUGAAGAGCAAACCGGGCCGCCUCUCGAGCAAGUAAUGAAUGACACAGUUGCGUAUAAUCAAAAGUUUACUAUCCAGGACAUAUCACCAGAGUGGGGCUAUGCAAAUGAAACUACGAAGGUGAUAAUCAUAGGAUCAUUUCUCUGUGAUCCAACAGAAUCUACAUGGGCUUGCAUGUUUGGAAAUGCUCAAGUUCCUUUUGAGAUCAUUAAGGAAGGCGUUAUACGGUGCCAAGCCCCUCCAUGUGGUCCUGGCAAAGUGAAUCUAUGCAUUACUUCUGGAGAUGGACUCUCUUGUAGUCAAAUAAUUGAAUUUGAGUAUCGCGAUAAGCCGGAUGAUAGAUCUUGCCCUAAGAGCAGUCCCGAUGAGCUUUUGUUACUUGUAAAGUUUGUGCAAACACUUCUCUUGGAUAGAAAAGGCAACAUAGAGCCAAGCACUGAUGAUGAUGAAUGGAGGCGUAUCAUAGAUAGAAUUCGAGAUGGCACUUCAACAUCAUCAAGUACUGUUGACUGGCUUCUACAGGAGCUGCUUAAAGACAAGCUGGAGGCGUGGCUGUCUUCAAGAUCCCAAGACAAAGACCAAACAUCUUGUUCGUUGUCAAAGCAAGAACAAGGCAUUAUCCAUAUGGUGGCAGGCCUUGGCUUCGAUUGGGCGCUCUCUCCAAUUCUUGGGCAUGGAGUUAGUGUGGAUUUUCGUGAUGGUAACGGAUGGAGCGCUCUUCAUUGGGCUGCACAACUUGGAAGUGAAAAAAUGGUGGCUGCCCUUAUAGCUUCAGGGGCAUCAGCUGGAGCAGUAACUGAUCCCAAUACGCAAGACCCGGUUGGUAAAACUCCAGCUUCGAUAGCUGCCUCUAAUGGUCACAAGGGCCUCGCAGGUUAUCUAUCAGAGGUGGCGUUAACAACCCAUCUCUCUUCGCUCACACUUGAGGAAACCGAAAGCUCUAAAGAGAGUGCUCAAGCAGAAGCAGAGAUAACAGUGAAGUCCAUCGCAGGAAGAAGUCAUCCCGUUAAUGAUGAUCCACAAUCACUGGCUGCAUUGAAAAACGCAGCUGAAGCAGCUGCGAGGAUCCAGGCAGCAUUUCGUGCACAUUCAUUCAGAAAGCGACAACAGAAAGCUGAUAUGUAUGCUUGCUUGAAAGAGUACGGGAUGUAUGGAGACAUGUCGAAGCAAAAUGCACGGAACUACCAUUCAGCAGCUUUAUCUAUCCAGAAGAAGUACCGUGGCUAUAAAGGUCGCAAAGAGUUUCUGACAAAGCGCCAGAAAGCUGUCAUGAUACAGGCUCAUGUUCGAGGUUACCAAACGAGGAAGCAGUACAAGGUAAUCUGCUGGGCGGUAGGAAUGCUAGAUAAAGUAAUACUGAGGUGGAGAAGAAAAGGUGUUGGACUAAAAGGGUUCAGGCAAGACGUAGAAAGUGGAGAGGACAGUGAAGAUGAAGACAUUCUGAGAGUGUUUCGCAAGCAGAAAGUAGAUGGUGCAGUGAAUGAGGCUUUCUCUCGUGUUAUGUCUAUGACUCGUACUCUAGAGGCUCGCCAACAAUACCACCGUGUGCUCACGACAUACUGUAAAAAAAAGGCUGAGCUUGGGAAAACAGAGACAUUAGGAAUAGGUGGUAGUGGUGAUUAUGAGGAUGAUGAUGCCUUAUUCGACAUAGCUGAUAUGGAAUAUGACCAUUUGUUUUCACUGCCUUGAGAGGGAAAGCCAUGCAACAAAUGUGGAUUUAGAGGUUUUAAUAUAAUAAUCUGUAGAUUUGUAAAGUUUUAAGAGAAAGUAGUUUUAUAGAAUUGCAAUGAAAAAGGAGAAGCUUGUUGUUAGUAGUGAGCGACUGUAAAUGAUCUCUAUUGUGGUCAACUUUGGUACAAAUUUGGAAACAUUGUUUCUUUUUGUA